AUGUCAGCCCCUUCGCCCGUCGAUGCUCCGCAGCAUGUCCUGGAGCUCCUCUCUGAACUCCAUCAGAAGUCACUGGAACAGGAAGCUGCCAUGUCUUCUGCAAAGAAAGGAAAAGUCUUCUCAACAGAAAUACUGGAUGAUCUGAAAGAUCAAAAGCCCAGUGGCAGCCCUCAAAAUGAAUUUGAUCAGCUCAUGCGUGACAAGUUCAUCGCACUGGACGAAGAUAAAUGCCAAUUCACCUACCAGCUCAUCAACGCGAUGGGGGCCACGAAUAUCAUCGAGGCAGGGACCAGCUUCGGAGUCAGCACCAUCUAUCUUGCUCUUGCUGUCGCUAAAACGAAAGCCGCUACAGGUAAAUCCGGAAUUGUGAUUGCGACGGAAAAAGAGAAGCAAAAGGCGGACAUCGCACGCAAGUACUGGGCGCAAUGUGGUGCGAUGGUUGAGGACCAGAUUGAUCUAAGAGAGGGAGAUCUGCUUGAGACUCUGAAAGACGGGCUGCCCCAGAUUGAUCUCCUCCUUCUCGACAUUUGGUCAGCCCUUGCUCUUCCAACACUCAAGACUGUCCUGCCUCGUCUUCGACACGGCGCAGUUGUGCUGACCGACAACACAAUAUCUGGCUCUGAGGGAUACGCGGACCUGCUGGGAUAUCUACGAACCCCCGAGAAUGGAUUUCAGAAUAUGACUCUUCCUUUUACCAAUGGGUUUGAGAUGAGUGUUUACUUGCCAAAAUCACAUUGA